AUGUCGUCCUCUCGUUCAUCGUCGCGGCUUUCACCCUUAAGAACGAAGCAAACAGGGAAGACAUCAGCUCUUUUACCUGCCCAAAUCCCACUGCCACCGUCGCCUCCGGCCUCAGACGCGCUCUUAAUCGAAGAUCACUUUGGUCCGCCCUCGCCACGGACGGUCCGACGACGGGCUUCCCCCCGGAGGAAGGCUUCUGGAUCGCGUGAACCAGUCCGCGAGUCUGCUCGACGCCGGGAUACUCACCGAGCACUUGAAGCAGCCAUUGAAUCCAAACAACAGCUCAGUCGCACCCGCGUCAAGAAGCGUCGCGUACUCGAAGAUCCCUUCGAUUCCAACUCGCCACCCACUAGCCCUACCACAUCAAAAUCUGCCUCUACAACGAAACGUCCCAGAGCCUCCAAAUCUUGCCCCGCCCUUCGCCCCCUCGUCUCAUCCACAUCUUGUCCGAUUGAGGACAGUCCCAACAAUCCUUUCCUCGUCCGUCCAGGGGAAAAGCCCCGUCGACCAGGCGCUAAACGAGACGAUGAAUAUCGCAAACUAGUCUAUGUCUUUCGAGGAAAACGGAUAGUAUGUGAGGAUACGGAAGAUUUGAAUGACUCAGGUGGAUCGCCGUUUAGUACCUCGGGUCCGAAGUUGCUUUUCCCGUCGGCGCCGAGUCCCGGACCAAUACGCAAGUUGAAGUUCGAGGAGAAGGAAGACGAAGAAGAGACAGUGGGAGCAGGCAACGUGGCCGAGAAGAGUCCAAGAAGGGCCGCCCAAGCGGACGCCAGCCAGCUCGCCUUCCAAACACCUAAGCGGAACAAGCCCAAGAUUCAGCCUGACUCCUCCCACAUCCUCCCGACCCCUCAGAGCAGACCUAGACGUCCCGUCCAAACCAAAACACUCCCUAAUUCCACUCAUCCCCACCCGCUCUCUGGACCAGUCAAGGCCAGCCAAACUAUGGCUAAGGCAAUGAGAUAA